UUUAGUUGCAGCAGAAAGGAAAUGUGUCAUCUGUGGUUUGGUUUGAAAACUGGAAAGCUAGCUGUGCAUAUCCUUUUUAACUGCAGAUUUACUUUAAGGUUCAUAUUCUCCAAGUCUCUCCUGCUUUAAAUUACUUGGAAGCUGUGCCUCAGGACAAGAAAAGUGGCUCAUUAAAAUCAGGUUAUAAUCAGAGUUUGACGAAGCAUUUUGUAAGAUUACCCAUACUCCUGGACAUGGAACCCAUGGGACAUUACCUGCAUCUUGCCUUUCUGAUGACAACAAUUUUUUCUUUGUCGCCUGGAACAAAAGCAAACUAUACCCAUCUGUGGGCUAACAAUACUACUGUCUGGGAUCCAGAGAUUCAAAAUAAGACAGACAGAAACCAACAUGAAAACAUUAACACAAACCCUACAAUUCCUAAAGUAGAUAAAAAAAGUAAUUCUACAAACAUGACUGAAAUAGCAACACCACCGCGUAUCGAAUCUUUAACUCCUAAAUCUGACUUGGAGCUUCACACACCUUCUGUUGUUAGGAACAUUUCUCCAACAUUACCGAACAUUGAAAACACAAGCAAAAGUCACAGUGAAAUCUUCAAAACAGACGUCUGUGAGGAAAACAACAACAAAAUGGCUAUGCUUGUUUGCUUAGUUAUAAUUGCAGUGCUUUUUCUUAUCUGUACCCUUCUAUUUCUAUCAACUGUGAUCCUGGCAAACAAAGUCUCAUCUCUCAGACGAUCAAAACAAGCGGGCAAGCGUCAGCCUAGAAGCAAUGGUGAUUUUCUGGCAAGCAGUGGUCUAUGGACUGCUGAAUCAGACACUUGGAAAAGGGCAAAACAGCUCACAGGGCCCAACCUGAUGAUGCAAUCUACUGGAACGCUCACAGCUACAAGGGAAAGAAAAGAUGAAGAAGGAACUGAAAAACUCACUCACUAACAGAGGCUUUAGUGGAGAAAAAUGCAAACAGCAAUGAGAAAGUUUACGGAGUAGAAACAAAGUUAGAUAUUUAAUGCCAACAUGUUGGUCUGAUGGUCUAAAAUUUGACUUCGCAGGCCUUGCAAUUUAGAAUCAAGCAGGUGAGGGUGGGGAGAAGUAUGCCUGCUUACUUAAUUACUUAAACUGUGCACUUUUGUUCUGACACUGAGUAUUUUAAAAAGCAAAUUAUAAAACAACCAAGAAUUUGGGGAAGUUUUUAAAGAUAAGUUGAAGGGACUAACAGAGGUAGAAAGGGACAAUUAAAUAAAUAUUUCCUGUUCAGCAAUAGUAGUUAGAUGAUCUCCGUCUGAAUAUAAUCAAACUUUGAAGAGUUUUAGUGUGUCCUUAGAGGCAAAUAUACACUUCAACAUUUAACAGAAGUCAAAUUCCUAAUGCAUAGAGUUGAACUGUAUAGUUUAAUGGUACCUUCUUUGCUGAAUGUGACAGAAUCAAUACCAGCUCAUAUAUCAACACAGCUAAUUUUAUGCUAGAUGUUUUCAUCUUUACAUAUGGCACACACAUGAAAAUGUUUUUCUACUAUAAAUAUUUAAUUAAAACUUUUAAUUUUAUAUAAUACUCAUUAGAAGAAAACUGACUAUAUAUAUUUGCAUUCACUUUGUUAUCUGAGAAGAACACACUGUAAAGAUCAAUAAUAGAGCACAACUGAAACAGAUGAGAUUUAUCACCACGACAAAAGGCGAUAGCAUAAAUGUAAAGCAUAUCGUACUGUUUAAGACUAACAUACCUCUGUUCUAUAAAUACUGCUCAUUGGAUUAUGUAUGGCAAAUAUCCAAAGGUUGAUUAAUUGAACUUCAAGGAAGCCAAGUGGCCUAAUAAACG